AUGUCGGUAGAUAAAGAUCUAUCAUCGAAACCACCAGAAUCCAAAAGGCAGAAGAAAGAACUCUCGUUUUCAUUGUUGUCUCCUGAUAACUGUGGUCACUGGUACAUUCGUCACGGAGUCUGCACCGUCUGUAGAUCAAAGGUGGACAAAAAUAGCCAAGGCCGAGAACUCGUCUAUCAUUUCGACGGUUUACAGUUAAGCCAAGAGGCUUUAGCGUUAACGAAGCGUCUCACAACGAACUUCUCUUGUCUCAACAUGAAGAAGCUUCACCUUGUUCUUGACUUGGACCACACGCUUAUUCACUCCGUUAGGGUUCGAUGUCUCUCCGAAGCAGAGAAGUAUCUCAUCGAAGAAGCGGGUUCAACUACAAGGGAAGAUCUGUGGAAGAUGAAGGUCAGAGGAGAUCCCAUACCGGCCAUAACCAUCGAAUACUUGCUGAAGCUACGACCUUUUGUUGGCGACUUCUUGAAAGAAGCCAACGAGCUGUUCACAAUGUAUGUUUACACAAAGGGUACUCGCAGAUACGCUAAAUCCAUUUUGAAGCUGAUUGAUCCGAAGAAACUCUAUUUUGGGCAUAGAGUGAUAACAAGAAACGAGAGUCCUCAUACGAAGACACUUGAUUUGGUUUUGGCUGAUGAACGUGGAGUGGUGAUUGUGGAUGAUACGUGUAAAGCUUGGCCUAAUCACAAGAGUAACCUAGUGUUGAUUGGCAGGUACAAGUAUUUUAGGUUCGAAAGCCGAUUGUCGAAGCAUCACUCCGAGGAAAAAACAGACGAGAGUGAAAACAACGGUGGAUUGGCUAACGUUUUAAAAUUACUCAAGGAAGUUCACCGUAGAUUCUUCAAGGUCGAGGAAGAGUUGGAGUCACAGGACGUUAGGUUGCUGCUGAAAGAUAUAAUCAUGUAUGUAGUUAAAAAUCUUUCUCUUGAGCCAGAGCCAGAAUCACCGGAGAUCAUCAUGGAACCUCCUUUGUUUGAAUUGUUGUCUCCUAAUAACUGUGGUCACUGGUACAUCAUUUAUGGAGUCUGCACCGUCUGCAAAUCAAGGGUGGACAAAAGUAGCCAAGGCCGAGCAUCCGAUUACCUUUUCGACGGUUUACAGCUAAGCCAAGAAGCUUUAGCGUUAACAAAGCGUCUCACAACGAGAUUCUCUUGUAACAUGAAGAAGCUUCACCUUGUCCUUGACUUGGACCACACGCUUCUCCACUCCGUUUUGGUUGGAUGUCUCUCAGAAGCAGAGAAGUAUCUUAUCAAAGAAGCAGGUUCAACAACAAGGGAAGAUCUAUUGAAGGUGAAUGUCAGAGCCACAUACAUAACCAUUAGAUACUUGACGAAGCUACGGCCUUUUGUUGGCGACUUCUUGAAAGAAGCCAACGAGCUUUUCACAAUGUAUGUUUACACAAAAGGUACUCGCAGAUACGCUGAAGCCAUUUUGAAGCUGAUUGAUCCGAAUAAACUAUAUUUUGGGCAUAGAGUGAUAACAAGAAACGAGAGUCCUGAUAAGAAGACACUUGAUUUGGUUCUGGCUGAUGAACGUGGAGUGGUGAUUGUGGAUGAUACGCGUAAAGUUUGGCCCAAUCAUAAGCGUAACCUAUUGGAGAUUAGCAGGUACAAGUAUUUCAGAUACGAAGGUCAAGAGUCAAAGCCUCACUCUGAGGUGAAGACAGACGAGACUGAAAGUAGCGGUGGAUUGGCCGAUGUUUUAAGCUUACUCAAGGAAGUUCACAGUAGAUUCUUUAGGGUCGAGGAAGAGUUGGAGUCAAUGGACGUCAGGUUGCUGCUACAAGAAAUAGAGUUUGAUCGUACUGACGAAGUAUCUGUAGAAUGA